UGGCUCAUAGCCCCUCGGCAAAAAUAGGAACAAUCCGAGUCCGGAUACAAUCACAGGGGCUCACUUCGGGGGGUGCGGUCAGGGCAGCUCGUAAAGUUUCCGUUUUGCUAGCUUUUUUUUUCCGCUCAUUUUAAUGUGCAGUUUUAUAAAUGCGUCUCACCCAGAACACUAUGUCAAACAAUUCGAGUAACUUCCUACUGCUUCCCAUACCGGAGGUCCCAGUGCUUGACUACCUGCACAACAGAAACGUGAAGAUCGUGGUGCUGGGAGCAAGGAGGGUUGGAAAGACGGCUUUGAUUGUACGGUUUCUCACAAAAAGAUUCAUUGGAGAUUAUGAACCGAACACAGGAGCUCUAUACUCCAGACAGAUUAGCGUCGAUGGAGAUCAAAUUUCAUUGCAAGUGCAAGACACUCCCUAUGCUAAUCAGAGCGAUGGAGAUGAUUCUCGCAGUCCAGAUGUUAUAACCCGCUCAAUUCACUGGGCAGAUGGCUUUGUUUUCGUCUUUUCACUUACGGACCCAGAAAGCUGGAAAGCUCUUCGUCCGCUCCAUCAGCAAAUCAGGAAGAUCUAUCCCAACACCAGACUUCCAUUUGUGCUAAUAGGAAACAAGGCCGAUUUACCGCAUGCACGGCAAGUGGAAACCAAUGAAGGGGUUCAGCUGGUAAAUGAGAUAGGGGGGACUUAUUUUGAAGUUUCCGCUAGAGAAAAUUAUAAUGAGGUCUAUGAUGCUUUCCACCAAGUCUGCCAAGAAGCCAGUAAAGUGAUUGGAAGCAAUAAUGGGGAGAAGAGAAGAGGUCUGCUUUUAGCUAGGCCCAAAUCGCCAAACAUGCAAGAUCUUGGAAGACGAUUAAAACAGGUUCUUUCAUCUAAAGUGAAAUCCACUACAUCUGUUUAAGACUGGUUUUUUUUAAGGAGGUUCCAAGCUCCAAGAUUUUUUUUUUUCUUUUUGUUUACCUUGAGGAUGAAUAAGAAUUGUUCAGAAAACCCCAACAAGGUGAAUCCUCAGAUAUUUUAAAGACUAACAUACACAAACCGAAAAUGCCAAAUUAUUUCCUAUUCAUGUCCAUCUUUUUAAAUACAUAAUUUAAUUGCUGUUGGGUGAGUACUUUUUGCCCUAGGAUAUGGAUAAUUGUGUUGUGAUGUUUAUGGUGCAAACUGCACAGUCACCUGCAGUAGGACCUUGUUUUGUGACACUAUUCCACUAAUUUACAUGAAAUUGAAAAUCAUUCACAGCCAGAAACAAUGUAAAAUUUCCCACAAUUUUAAAUUAUUUAAAAAUAGGGGGUUGCCUGAGAGGGAGGGGAGGGAGAGCUCUCCUGAAUGCUUAGCUGAUGCAUAUCCUGCAAAGUGUAAAUUGAACCAUAAAGACCAGAAAGAUUUCUAGUUCUACUGCUCUUUCAAAGAGCCAGCACUGGCAGAAUGGACUUAAGAGCGUCUUUCUGUGCUGUAAGUUUCUAAGAUUCUAUUUGUGCCUAUUUAACUGACCUCAGCUGGAGGAACCAUAGAGUUUCUACAAUUGUCCUCCAUGUUCCUGUGCUAGGAAAUGAAAAUAUCAGCUCAGUUCCCCACCAUUGAUCACUAUCCAAUGAUUCUUGCUGAUAAGUAUGAAUGGAUGUUUAUCUGGUCAUGACAGGAUUGUAUCUGACUGUGAUGCGCCAAUGGCUGAACAACUGGCUGUCACUCACUGCCAAGCCUCGCUCAUGAAUAAUAUCCAUUUGGAAGCAGAGAAAAUUGCCCAACAGAAACUGUUUGUUCAUGUUUCAUUGCGAACAGCUGGUGUUAUCAACAAUAAAUGACUAUUUGUAAAAA